AUUGGAUCAUCACCGGGGGGGGAAAGAGAGCCUGUGCUUGACAAGGUGUUUCUGAUCCUCCCCAUGUUCCCUUUCCCUGGCUUACUUUAGAAGAAUUUGCAAAGAAAAAAUCAGGCAAAGCUGCCACACAGCUUCUGUCUGCAGCCAUCCCUGUUCUCCCUUCCCCUCCCCACCUCUCUCAUCCCUUUACAAACUCUCCACCACCCUCAUCUUUCCAAUUUUGCCAGCUCCAAUUUCAGACUUCCUUUCCUGCCCCUGACAGUUGUCUUUGCAUCUGCCAUCUUCUUCCUCCUGUCAAGCAAGCAGGGGGAAAAAAAAAAAAGCCUUUCUCACUUGAAUUAGAGAUGGAUUUAUGAGGUUCCAUCAGGUCUGCAAGAAAAUGUGGUGGGGAUGCCAGAUGUGCAAGUGUCAUCCAAGAGAGCAGUUGCUUGGCAGGCCAAUGGAGAGCCAGAUUGACUUGAACUGGUACCUUCCCUUUGUCACAACACUGUGCUGUGCAUCUGCCUCCUGCCUGAGACGACAGGAUCUUGUGGGUUAGAAGGGAUGCUGGGCCACAGUGCUCAGGAAAGCUAGAGGGACGUAGGAGAGGAGGGAUCAUCAUGAAUGCUACCAAUGUAGGGCCCUGUGAAACCAAGUACUGGCCCUGCCCAGAUGCUUAUCAGACUUGCAGUGACACCUGUGUUCUUCGCUGCCUUUUGACAUUCUUUGCAAAAGACAAACAGGCAUGCAAUGAUUUCUGUAGUUUCAAUACGUGUAGUCAAAUUGCUGCUUACAGCAUGAUACCAAACCAUUUGUGGUUUUGAUUAGUCAUUCCCCAGGGCAAACUAUAUUUAAAAUAAGGAAGCCUGGUAGAAUAGAAGGUGCCUCGCCUUUUUAAGAAGAAGCUUUAGUUGUAUAACUAAAGACUGGCCUUAAUUUCUUGACUUGCAACUUCCUCCUUUCACCACACCUCCUGUUACUGGCAGAAAAAGAGAGCAAACUCUUGUCAGAGACAGCAGACACAUGCCAAAGAAACUGUGGGAUCCUUCAAAUCUUUUACCUAUAGAAGUUCCAUGUGGAAGUCCGUAUGCUGAGGCUGUGUGUCAUGUUCAUCUACCUUUUGUAUGGGGUGAAAACAGAUCCUGGGAAGACAUGUCCUGCAUUCACAGCUCUCAGCAUUGGCAACGCUUUGAUAGGGACGGAUCUGAAAGUGAAGCUGCUGCUCUACACCAGACAGAACCCAAACUGUGCUGAAGAGCUCAAUUCAACAGCCUCCAACUAUUUAGAUGUGACCAAGAAAACCACCUUCAUCAUCCAUGGAUACCGACUCACAGGCUCUACCCCGGUCUGGAUCCCUGACUUGGUACAUCUUCUGCUUUCCGUAGAAGACAUGAACAUCAUCCUUGUGGACUGGAACCAGGGGGCAACAACUCUCAUCUACAGUAAUGCUUCCAGAAACGGCAAAAAAGUUGCUGAGAUUCUGAAGAAAAUUAUUGAUGAAAUGUUGGUUGAUGGAGCAUCACUUGACUCCAUGCACAUGAUAGGAGUGAGUCUGGGAGCACACAUCUCUGGCUUUGUGGGACAAAUGUUUGGUGGUACACUUGGAAGAAUCACAGGCCUUGACCCAGCAGGUCCCUUGUACAGAGGAAAGCCACCUAGCGAAAGGCUGGAUCCUACAGAUGCACAGUUUGUUGAUGUCAUUCAUUCGGAUACUGAUGGACUAGGUUACACAGAAGCACUAGGCCACAUAGACUUCUACCCGAAUGGCGGGACCGACCAGCCUGGCUGUCCACUGACAAUAUUUUCUGGAUUGCAGUAUUUUAAAUGUGACCACCAGAGGUCUGUUCUCCUGUUCAUGUCAUCCCUGAAGCAGAGCUGCAAUAUCACUGCAUACCCGUGUGACUCGUACAGAAAUUACAGGAAUGGCAAAUGUACCAGCUGUGAAACUUUUUGGCCUAUGCCAUGUCCCAUCCUAGGUUAUUAUGCCCAUAAGUGGAAAAGCUAUUUAACACAACAGAGCCAUCCAGUGACAAGUAUGUUUUUUGAUACAGCAGAAAAAGAGCCAUUUUGCAUUUAUCACUACUUUGUGGAUAUUAUUACAUGGAACACAGACACCAGAAGAGGCACCUUCAGCAUUGUACUAGCUGAUGAAACUGGGAAGAAGGCAGAAUCUAAAGUUAAUCCAGAAGCUGCAGCCUUUCAGCGGUACAACCAAAUCACUUUGCUAAUUGGAUUUGACCAGGACUUUGAAAAUGUAGAUAGAAUUUCCUUGACAUUUUCCACGGGAUCUGUCAUUGGCCCAAAAUUCAAACUCAGGAUUCUCCAAAUGAGGUUCCAGUCACUUACAAAUCCAGAAAGACCACAGCUGUGCAGAUACGACCUUGUCCUGAUGGAGAACACCAAAAAAACCUUCAAGCCCAUCCCGUGUUAGAGCAGGAAUUAAGCCCCAAAUAUGUUAUUUCUGGACAUUACGUCUGUAUGCGGCGAACAUUUUCACAGCCACAAGGGGGGCUCACCUGAAAGU